GUAAAAUCCAGAUGUCCCCUAUCAAUCCCCUGGGAAGUUGAAGGGAAUCAAGGGAUACGUAUCCCUAAAUUGCCAGGGCUCCCAGACCACCGGACAAGCCCAUCCAUCCUAUUUGCGAUGUCGUAACACGAAGACAACACCACCAACACCACUGCUAUCUGUGCUUUUUUAUCUCAUCUCAACCAAAUUUCCAUCUUCACGUUUCCUUGCUUGUGCACUACCAUAAUAAAUCAACACCUUUUACCUUUUCUACAUAGUAAUUCAUCCCCAUAGCCAAGGCUUUUUUACAUUACAUUAUUGUUCGGAUAAAUAUUACUGCCGCGGUUGAUCCUCUUUUUAUUGACCAUAUCCUAUUCUCAUUUCUCGUUAGGUAUCUGGGUCUUUCCCUGUCGAAGAACCGAACGAGAGUAAACCUUGCGACUGCAUUCCAAUAUUACAUCGGCGCCUUAGUAAUUGCUAUAGUAGUAGCAGUUUGCGAUAUCGCAUCCUCCGCAUAUCUUCCAUCUUCCUUACGUCCAACAAGAAAACCUGGGAGGUAUAUCGCCAAAAUGUCCCUCGAAAUCGAUCCUCAGGAGCUGGGCUUCCAUCGCCCCUUUACUUCCGAGGUCUCGGAAGUGCUACGGAUUAGAAACUCCAACACUCACCCUGUAGCCUUCAAGGUGAAAACCACCGCACCAAAGCAGUACUGCGUCAGGCCAAACGCGGGUCGAAUUGAGCCAGGAAAGGAGGUUGAAGUUUCAGUUAUCCUUCAAGCCAUGAAGCAAGAACCUCCCCCGGAUACGAAGUGCCGAGAUAAAUUCCUAGUUCAGUCUAUCCCGAUCACGGGAGACAUGGAAUUUUCCAACUUAACAACUAUCUGGGCCGGUGCCGAGAAGUCAGCAGUACUGGAGAAGAAGAUUCGCGUCAUUUUUAUGCCUCCUCACGGAGCUCCCGGAGCUUCCCACCUCGAGACACCUAACAAGCCAACAACCAAUGGCAGCAAUGCUACCCCGGAAGUUCCCCCUCCUGCCUACUCCUCCCCUGCCGAUUUCUCGGCCGGUGCUGCCGAAUCUCAGCCGGCGGAAAAUAAGGACAUCACCCGUGAGCGAACUACAUCUGCCGCAACUGCAGCAGCUGUUGCGACUACUCAGCACAGCGACCCAAGCCCCGAUGAACUUAAGCAACAACUUCUCCAGGCUGAAAGAAUGAUCGCGCAGCUGAAGCAGGACCAAGAAGGGUUACGGCAGCGAAAAGCAACGAGUACGGAUAAUAAGACGGGCCCUAAGCCUGCCGAACUCAGUGAGACAGUACGAGCCGGCACUGAAGGCGUGCCAGUCAAGCUUGCGGCGAUUCUAUGCUUCCUGAGCUUUAUGCUCGCAUAUCUCUUCUUUUAAGUUGCGAUAAGGAUAUAUUUCGUGGAUUUUUGCUAAAACAUGGGCGGAGGAGUGCCAGUGACGGUUGUUGCAGUGUUAGUAGGGGAAAUUAAACUCAUCUUCUGAAAGAUGAUGGUACCUGCAUAAGAAGGAGGAGGAAGUCUAUACCUGCCUACCUCGUUGAGGAAUUAGUAAUAGGAGGCGAUGACAUGGAAAUCUAGUAGUCCCUACGUGGGAUUGCUGAUUGUGAAUUGGCAGUAAGAAGCUGAGACGAAGGGAUCUAAGCUGGUUUGACACCUUCGUUUUGGCAGGCGGGCACACACACAUCAUCAUCAUCAUCAUCAUCACCAUCAGUACUGUACUUUAAACAUGUAUUCCCCUUUGUUUUCGGUUGAUUCUUAAGCUACGAGC